CAUGAAUAGAGGCCGGCACCACAAGCCAAUUAUGAUUCCUAUACUCUUAAGUACAAUAGCAGUGAUAAUUCUGUCUUCAUCAGGUAUUUAUGUAUUAAAUAAAUUUUAUUUGUUAACGUUUAUUAUAAAUACGUUUUAAGGCUGACAAUGUUUAUUCGUUUCUGCUAAAUUUGUAUGAAUUAGUUAUUUUGUUUGGUUUAAGACUUAGAAUAAAAAUGCUAGAAGAAGUGGAAAUACAAUCUUCAAGCCUUAAUGUGGAUCAAUAUAAAAUUUGCCAAGGACAUUCCUCGACAUCAAGGAUGUUUCAUUUGAAUUUUUUCACAGUUCCUUUACUUUAAUGGUUUUAUUGUUAUAAAAAUCAAAUUUAUAGAGCAACUUUAACAUUAUUUUCUCCCGAUUCAUCUUGAAAUUCGAAAAUACAUCUUUAUUUAUUUUAUUUUUUUGGGGGGUUCACACUUUUAAUAUUUAUGAAUUUUUUUUUUAGCUGAUAAGUGCUCUUUCAAAAAUAUUUAAAGGACAGUUUUAAGAAAUAUUAUGUAAAAUCAAUUCUAAAGCCAUAAAAAUAGAUUUUUAUAAUAUUCUCUUUUCAAAAACUGUCAUUGAAUAACCACAUUAAUGGAAUUCCCAGGUACGGCACUUCUGUUCGAUGUCCAACCAACAACGAUUGAGAUCGGACUCUCUAAGCGUUUUUAUCUCAAUUGUUCAUUCAACCAUGGAACUGACCCUGAGAUGUCCAGCCUGGUCUCGCUUUUUAUAUCUCGCGCUGAAGACGCAGCAAACGUGGAUUUUCAUGAGAUUGCUUCCAUCAACACAUUUUUUUGGUAAUGUCAGCAACAUGAUCCACGACAACGCUACCAUUGCCGGUGUCAUCAACAAUAUCGGUGGGUCAUUUAUCAGCAUGGAGUGGAAGUUCCCAGGCAAUGAGGUGAAGGGUCUCUACAAAUGUGCCGCUAACGGCGUUGAUGGUACGGGGCAUCCCCUUAGUGUCAUCACUACAAGUCUCGUUACAAGUGAGAUACCCGAUACCAUAAAGUUGGCCCAAGUAGUCCGUAAUCUUAUGAUCAACAUGGACUACGCUCUAGAAAACUCUUGUACAUCAGGUAUGGAACAAUCAGUACUUUUGUAAUCAAUGUAUCGCAUUUAAUAACUGGAAAAUGUUACUUGAGGUCUUAAGUUUAUUUACUUUUUUAGUAUUUCGCACAGUCAAAAAAACUUUAUUUAAGUCUUUGAAGUUAAUUUAUUAUAUAAAAAUUAUGUUAAUAAACUUGGAGCCUAUUGCUUAUUUCUUCAUACUAGAGAAUUUUACCGGCGUGGGAUAAUUGUCAAGGUAGUUUUGGAAGAGCCUCAACUGUCAGGGUUCAGUUAUUCCUGGUCCCUAAGAUAUUUUUGUGCACGUCCAGGACACACACAAAUCCCCUUGGAGGAUGGUUAACCACUUGUUUUGACAAGAGUAAAUUCUGUUGUAAAUAAAAUCUCACGUGUCCCGAAAAACCUGCAUCCUAAAUUGCAAUGAAAUUAAUUUCAAAAGAUUUUCCUUAUUCUAGUUGGGAGAUAUAAUCUAAGUAAACUGUUUGAAAUUACGAAUUCUUUUAACUUUUUUUCAUUUAGUCCUACUCGAGCGUAUACUAUACAUACAUUAAUGAUAAUAAAAAAUACAUAUUUAAAUUUUGUGUCAGGGGAAUAAAUUAUAAUCAACUUGCAAUAUGUAUUAAAUAUAUUUGUCGGGCUUCAAAACAAGGGAAUUAGGGUAAAUUACUCACACUCUGUUCACGAAGGGAAACCAUAUCAUUAUGCUGGUACUUUUGUUAUAUCUCUGUCACUCAGACCGAGACCAUGCGUCAUGAACGAAGCUCGAGCUUAUCAGUGCUGUCGCGCAAUAAUGACAGAUCACGUCGAAGGAGUCUGCAAAAAUUUAAAAAAAAACUUACAUGCAGUCAUGGGCGCCCGCAGGUAGGGGCAAGGUGGGGCACUUGCCUCCCCCUGGAUUGAUUGGAUAAAAAAAAAUUUUAGACAAAAAUAAACAAAAAAAUUAUUAAAGUAAAGAGAAAAUAAAGAGAAAGUAACUAAGCUGAUGUCCUGUCCGUUCGUUCACCAUACAAAUAUGCUACAGUAAAUUAAAACUACUUUAAAACAUUACUAAAAAAAUUUUUUGCCCCCCCCCCUGGAAAGUUAAUCGAUUUCUUUUGCCCCCCACCUGGAAAAAUAAAUCGAUUUCUUAAAACUACAUUAAAACCUUACUAAAAAAAUUUUUUGCCCCCCCCCCUGGAAAGUUAAUCGAUUUCUUUUGCCCCCCACCUGGAAAAAUAAAUCGAUUUCUUUUGCCCCCCCCCCCCAGAAAGUUUUCUGCGGGCGCCCAUGCAUGCAGUUCUGAUCGUAACAUUAUUCAAAACACCAGAGGCCGAAAGGUGUGGGACUCUCGAGACAGAACGGAACUUUGAACAAUUACACCCUGUAACCUUUCUUCACAAACCCCUUUUGUCUCUCAGCCCAUGUGUGUACUCGCCUCUUAGGUUAUCCGAGAUACGUAUUUUUUUCCCCCCACACACCACCGAUCUUUAAUGUGGGAUAAAACUUCGAAGACUGAUUAAUAUAUUUGCAAUUCAUUUCUUAAUAGUUCAUUAUUUUUACGUUUGGUUUUACAAAAUUUCCAGGUUGUUGGCAGGGCCGGUUGGAACGGAUGAAAAAUGCGGUGUUUGACAUAUCCACUUUAUACAAUGGUCACAGAUAUCUGUUGUCUAAAAUGUACAACCUUGCCAACGUUCCCGUGGCCCAAGAAUCUUGUGAACUCUAUGGAGGUUACCUCGCAGAGAUUGAUGAUGAAAAUGAGAUGCUGUUUGUACAAAAAUUUAUGGAAUUACAUAGAAGUGAUAGUUAUAUAUUUGUUGUGAUUGGAGGAACGGAUGAAGGCCACGAACAUCAUUGGGUUUUUGAUCGAAGUGGAAGGAACGUCACGUAUACGAAAUGGAUUUCCGGUCACCCAUUAACUAAUCCUACACUUAACUGUCUCUUCCUACAUCGAGAUUAUGGCUGGACUAUGGAUGAUUAUUUAUGCCUCGACAUUAAUCGAACCUAUAAUUUUAAGUACCUCUGCGAGUUACCCGACCAAUGACGGGAUCUCUGAAUCAAGUAUAUGAAACUAUAAAAUGUCGUUUGAAUAUUUUUCUGUAACUUUCAAAAAAAGAAAAUAAAUAAAAAAAAAUAAAACAGUAAUAUCUUUACUGUAAUUAUUUUUAAUGUAUUCCUUGUUUUAGGUUUGAACUUUAAUAAAGUAUUUUCAAAAGAAAAUAAUGAUCCUUGAUAAACUUUUACAUUUUUGUUACCGGAGUUGUUUCAUGAACUUCGAUGGUUAUGGUUUUUUUAUUAUUCGUUGAGUUUUUUUUUUUAAAUUUAGAUUUUAUUUCCGAUGUAACCAUAAAUAAAAUGCAUCGUAUUU